UUAAGCUCAAGACUGAUUUUAAUCUGGUAAAGUUUUAUAAAGCUUUUUGCAUUGCAUAAAGAUGAACACAUCUGGAAAACAGCUUGAGGAAGCCAAAAGUUUUUUUUUUGUUGUUGAUGAUGUUGUUUAUGAAGACCAGUUAAGGCCAACAGUAUCGUGAGACGAAGAUCAUUCCCUCCCUGACAGGAAAACGCGUUUUUUUUUCAAAUGAUCUGAUCAGCAUAUUAGGCAUACUUGUAGAAAUACAUACGUGUCCUCGUUCUCUUUCCUCAGAUUGUCUGGAGAAGAUAGUACGAGUUCGUGCACAUUUUUUUUUUGAGACUUAGCCUUAUAAACGGCAGCUAAGGCUUUACAGAUAACAAAAUCUUUGUAAACAACAUAUUUUCAGCAGGCUUUCUCCAGAUUUCAUCAGGAGCAAAAGGUUCUUCUACUCGCGCUUGUGAAAAGGUUGAGGAUGAACUGCACCGUCCAAACCAGCGAAGCAGUCCAUGAAUUCCAAAAAGUCACUUCCAUUCCCACCUUCAUACUCGGGGUCCUGGGGAACAUUUAUGUCUUGGUGGUGUUCUGCCGCCGUCCCAGAGCAAAAUGGACCUACAUGAACAUCUACAUCACCAACAUGGCGAUCGCUGACCUCACUCUGUUGACGUUCCUGCCCUUUAAAAUUCAUUACUACGACAGGCCAUUGCAAGACGAUUUAAAGGCGCUGUGUAAUUUCGCUCUGUGGAAUAACUACGUCAACAUGUACGUGAGUAUCUUCACCAUCACGGCCAUUAGCGUGGUGCGCUACGUAGCCAUCAAGUAUCCCAUGAAGGCUAGGAAUAUCUUCUCCUGCAGGAGCGCUCUGGUGGUUUGCGGACUCAUAUGGUUCAUCAUUUGCUCCAUCAGCCCGGUUUACUUUGUGACGGACUCCAAUAACGACAAAACUAUGUGCUUCCAAAGAGUCAAGGUGGCAUUAUCAUUGCAUUUCGUAUUGUUGCUGAUCAUCGUCGGGUUCCUUAUGCCGUUCCUCAUCAUGCUCUUCUGCUCCGUUAGAGUUGUUUGCACUUUAAGGAAGCAGUUGGAUGUCGGAACGCGUUCUGAGAAGCUCCAAUGCAUUUUUAUCAUCGUGGCCAAUUUCAUUGUUUUCGUCAUAUGCUUUCUCCCCGUCCACGUGGGUUACUUCGUAAAAAACAUACUGCAAAACAAGUACACAGUUGCAGAGGACGACAACAGCUGCUACUAUAAACAGAUCGCACACGACUUCCUGCACGUUGCUAUUUGCAUUUCCAAUAUGAACUGCGGUUUGGACUGUUUCAGCUAUUUUUUCGCCACCAAAACGUCAUGGAAUAUGUGCUGCAUGAAUAAGAGUACAAAUAACAAAGGUGAAUUUACUACUAAUAGGGUUUCGGAUCCAGUUAGUACAUCUGCGUAAUUGUUUCGACUUAUGGCUGUUAUGGCUUUUUUGUUAAUUUUUUUUCUUUUUUUUUUGUGAAUCAUGAAACAAAACUACAUAUUAUACUCUGAACCCCACGUGGAUUUACACAAACUGAGAGAUUCAAAAAGUGUUAGGUUGUGUUCCAGCUCCCCUAUACUCUGCAUUCUCAUAAGGCUUUUGCAUUAUUAAAUACAAAAUACUAUGAAUGUAUUAUGAGUAUUUUAAUCUGUACAGUAAUCAGUAAUAAAUGUUU